CUACCUCCCGAUGCCUCGAGUGCCCUGUCCAGUAUCGCAGCUCAGGCCGCGCCUACCUCUCUACGCCGUCGUAUGGCCACCUACCUCUCCCUCACCAAGCCGCGCCUGGCCUUCCUCGUCGUUCUCACCACCACCGCCUCAUAUUCGCUAUACCCCGUACCCUCUCUACUCUCCACCGCAGCCACCCAUACUCCCUCGCUGAGCAGCUUGACCCUGCUGUUCCUUACCACCGGUACAUUCAGCACAAUCGCAUGCGCCAACACACUGAAUAUGCUAUUCGAGACCAACCACGAUGCUAAGAUGAGCCGCACCCGCAACAGACCUCUGGUGAGGAAACUGGUCAGCCCUCGUGCUGCUGUUCUGUUCGCUCUGGCUGCCGGUGCUACCGGCACUGCUAUCCUGUGGUACGGCGUCAAUCCCACCACUGCCAUGCUGGGUGCCGCCAACGCCGUGCUGUACGCCUGCAUAUACACUCCGCUCAAACGCAUACACCCCGUCAACACCUGGAUUGGUGCCAUCGUCGGCGGUAUUCCACCACUGAUGGGCUGGUGCGCAGCUGGAGGCCACUACAUCACCUCCUCAUCACCACAAUCUCUCGCUGAUGAAGCUUCGGCUCUGCUCUUCAGCCCAGCAUCUGCAGGUGGUUGGUUACUCGCUGCUCUACUCUUUGCCUGGCAGUUUCCCCACUUCAACGCCCUCUCCCACCCUAUCCGCCAUGAAUACCUCGCUGCUGGAUACCGCAUGCUGGUUUCCCUCAACCCUCGCAUGAACACCCGCGUCGCAUUACGCUAUUCGCUACUCAUGUUCCCCAUCUGUAUCGGCCUCAGCUACGUCAAUGUCACAGACCGCUAUUUCGUGGUUACAUCGUCCGCAAUCAACGGCUGGAUGGCCUAUGAAGCUUUUCGCUUCUGGCGCAGUGGGGGUGGAGAAACAAAAACUGCGGUCUUGACGGCUAGAGCGCUGUUCUGGGCGUCAGUGUGGCAUUUGCCUAUAGUGCUUGUUUUGGCCAUGGCGCACAAGAAGGGCCUUUGGGAUGGUGUUGUGAGGGGUGUCAAGGGCGUGCUUGGGUACCCUGAUGGAGAGGAGGAUGAAUGGGAG